AUGUCGACAAAAACUGCUCAGGAACUGUUGCUACGCCACCCUCAGCAGAGGCUUAACUCUCCUUCGCGAGGCACCAGUGCUGCUCUCCACGCACAUCCGAAUCCCGUCAAUGAUUCCUAUGGCCGACACUUCCAACACUUGACCAUUCUUGGCCUCAGUCUGGCUACCUUGACCUUCGUGAUCGGUCUGCUUGCGGAUAUCACUUUGUCUACACGCCUGUUCAAGUUCAAGAACAUACUCUCUGUUACCAGUGCACCCAUGGAAGUCUUGAUUAGUAUCUUGUACUGGGGUCUCAAAGGCAGUCUCGUUCUUCCAGACUGGGCACCCAGAAUCCCAUUUGGAGCAGAUUUUUCUUUCCAUGCUGCACCUUCGAUAGCACUCAUCCUGGAUCUGCUCUUCUUCUCUCCUCCUUACACCGUUUCCGUUCUACCGGCUUUGGGCAUUAGCAGUGGCAUUGCCGUUUCGUACUGGUUCUGGAUCGAGGAGUGCUACAAGCACAAUGGAUGGUAUCCUUACCCUAUCUUCGAUGUGUUGGGAACUACUGGCAGAAUCGGUCUCUUUGCGGGCAGUGCUGUCGUCAUGACUUGCAGCACUCUCUCUUUGAAGUGGAUGUACAACCGAGUUAACGUUCAUGCUCAGGACGUCAAGGACAAACCCAUGUAA